GCACACGCAUCAGCAACUCUCUGGGGCGAUAGAAACUGGCCGGGGGAGUGUCACUGGCUAGAAGCACUUUCUUCCUGUUUCACUCCAACUAGCUAACUUCGAUUUAUUCCUUGUCAUUUUGUGAGUGUCGGAGAACAUUAGCUCCACAAAAGCCAUCCUUAGCUCGCGAGCUACUUGCCAGCUGCUGCUAGCACGCGUUUCACGACCCCGGGCUUCGUGUCGAGUUCCUUUACAGUACACGAGUCAUUGGACGAGUGCGUCUUAAGUACAUGGAGUUUCGUUAAGAGCUCCGACGCUCGGGCUGAACAUUAACACGCAUCGCUUGCGGAACGGUUUUGGAAGCAUAAGGACUUCUUUCAUAUCAGCGAGAAACAUUUUUUUUUUUAAGUUAAGUUGAUACACGCCUUUUUAUAUUGUUAUUGUUCCCACACGGCCAUCUAUCCAUGUUAUACAUCGUGUGUUUACGGAAGACUGUGUUAAUUAUUAGAAUGCCAGAAACUGUACUUUAGUCACCGAAAAAUAUUUUCUGUUUUAACUGCCAGUUAAAACAGUGUACAACAGUGGAGGCUGCUGAGGGGAGGACGGCUCAUAAUAAUGUCUGGAAUUGAAUGGCAUCAAACACAUGGAAACCAUGUUUGACGUAUUUGAUACCAUUCCCCUAUUUCUGCUCCAGCCAUUACAACGAGCCCGUUCUCCCCAGUUAAGGUGCCACCAACCUCCUGUGGUGUACAGUGUCUAUUUUGCAUUUGUGAAAUUAUUUUGUGAUGUGAAAGUAAAGGGCUUUAUGUUAAUAGAACCGUAUCGCAAUUGAUAAUCGAGUCACGUUUAGAUGGAGUACUUGGCUGUUUUGGCUGCCAGAGCAAGUCAUGCUCUUAAGGAGCUGUUAUUUUCAGAGGUAAUCUUGGGCUACCCUGACCUACGCCACUAAAGCCAGUCUACAGCCACUAAAGCCAGUCGGCAUCAAAUGGGUGUGAAGUGUCUCUUUUUUCUUCUUUUUUCAUCCAACUUAACAUUGAUAGGGUAAGAUAGCCUAUAUCAGGGCAGAAUGUGCCUACUAGCCUGUAGGCUACUACUUUAGAAUAAGGAGGGGGGACAGCUGUCUUUCACUUUGUAUUAUUAUCAAUCAGAAAAUGUAACAUUACAUGGACAUGGUCAGACUAAUGUUAGUUUUACAAGUGAUUCCUUCAUUGUACAACUAGGCUUCCUUAACUCUGCACUGCAUUCAGGCGUGAAACCUUUGCAGUUGGCCCCUGGAUGCCUGAGGCACCAAGUCACUUUUCCCUCAGCUGUUCUCCACUUGAUGCAGCCUGGUGGCAGGCAUUUCCUUAGCAGCAGCUGUUGUGGAUCUGCCUUGCUGUUUGGUGUGGAGCAUGUGGACGUCCUGCUGUAACUGGUUCUGUCUGGACACUGCCACGGUGGAGGAGAGCAACAGCAGCAUGCGUCACCAGGCCUAUACUAACUCAGGUUACAGCAGCUACCCAUCGCCCCCACUCCCGGAACACACAUGCAAAGCCUGCGGAAGCCACUUCGUCACCCUUGCCAGAAAGCAUGUCUGCGUGGACUGCAAGAAGAACUACUGCGGCAGUUGUUCGGCCCAGCUUGAGCCCCGGCAACGCCUUUGCCACACUUGCCAGCGGUUUCACGGCACGCUUUUCGAGCGCACCGAGCUGAUGAAGCUCAAGGUGAAGGACCUGCGCGACUACCUCCACCUGCACGAGGUCUCAACACAGAUGUGCCGUGAGAAAGAGGAACUGGUGGAGCUGGUCCUGGGACAGCAGACACCAUCAUCCUCUGGCCCAAUCAUAAACCCUCUGACCCAAACACAGACCCCCACCGUGACCCAGCAUGAGACAACUCCUCUUCCAGCCCCCACUACUACCACCACCACCACACCUUCCACAAACCCCGACCCCACCUCCACAGACAAUGUCCCUUCACAGCCGCCACCCACUCAGGAGGGCAGUCAGACACCGUCUGUGUUGUUGCCCUUGGGUCCUGAGGAGCCACUGGACACUGAGGGAGAUACAGAGCUGCAGGGAGAGCAGGAGCUGCAGGUACUACAGCAUGACCCUGCUAUAGUAGUACUGAUGGAAAAGUCCUCAGACACAGAUGAGGUGCUGGCACCAGGCCGCAGGGCGUCGCUGUCAGACCUGGCCACUGCAGACGACAUCGAGGCCCUCAGCGUCCGGCAGCUCAAGGAGAUCCUAGCCCGUAACUUUGUCAACUACAAGGGCUGCUGCGAGAAGUGGGAGCUAAUGGAGAGGGUCACCCGCCUCUACCAUGACCAGAAGGACCUCCAGAAUCUGGUUUCAAGUACAAAUGACGGCACAGGGUGUUUUUUCCCUUGUUUCUUUCUCCCAGACCCCAGUGGUACCCCUGGCCAGGAAGAGAACCUGUGUAAGAUCUGCAUGGACUCUCCUAUUGACUGUGUCCUGCUGGAGUGCGGCCACAUGGUCACCUGCACCAAGUGUGGCAAGAGGAUGAACGAGUGCCCCAUCUGCAGGCAGUAUGUGGUGCGCGCCGUUCACAUCUUUAGAGCCUGAGACCUACUAAGCCUUGGGAAUCCCCCCCCCCCCCCCCCCCCCCUCUUCCCCCCCCGACUUGAUACAUGUGGCCUUACCACCCAUAGGGCGGCAGGGUAGCCUAGUGGUUAGAGCGUUGGACUAGUAACCGGAAGGUUGCAAACCCCUGAGCUGACAAGGUACAAAUCUGUCGUUCUGCCCCUGAACAGGCAGUUAACCCACUCAUUGAAAAUAAGAAUUUGUUCUUAACUGACUUGCCUAGUUAAAUUAAAAUAAAAAUUAUAUAAAAAAAAAUAGGCUAGACCAGGGGUAUUCAACUCUUACCAUAUGAGUUCCGGAGGCUGUUGGUUUUCUGUUCUACCUGAUACAUAUUUGCAUCUACCUGGUGUCCAAGGUGUAAAUCAGUCUGUGAUUAGAGGGGAACAAUGGAAUGAAAGCAUUGGAACUGGCUUUGAGGUCCAAAGUUGAGUUUGAGGGGACUAACCUCCUCUCCCUCCAGUUCUCCACUGAUGGUCCUAGAGACCCAGAGUACUGGUUCCCCCUGCUGGAGGGAUGACCAGGGGAGGUUAUACCUUCAAGAAACCACACAAACCCAAUGACUGGACAUGGGCACUUCCUCCUUUUAUUGACUGGACUCCUACAGCUCAUAUCUUAAAGCUGAUGAGGAUAUUAUGUCAUAUUAUUAGAAUAAGAGUGCCUAAUAACAUAUAUGUAUUUUUCCUUUGGAGACCUACUACUAGUAAAUACAGUAAGGGGUCAUAUAUGACCCCUUACUGUAUAUGUAUGUAUAUAUGUAUAUGUAUGUAUGUAAUGUAUGUAUGUAUGAAGGAAGUGUGUGUGUGUGUGUGUGUGUAUGUAUAUACAUACAUACACACACACACACACACACACACA